UGACGGCACAGACGCCGCCGCCGUGGUCGCCAAAGCCGUUGACUAUCCCGGGCUGUGGUCGCUGUUCUUGCUGCCGCUCCUGCUGCUGCCUCUGCCGCCCCCGCUGCCUCUGCCACCCCUGCCGCCUCUGCCACCCCUGCCGCCUCUCCCGCCCCCGCUGCCUCUGCCGCUCCCGCUGCCUCUGCCGCCAUGGCUCAGUACAAGGGCGCCGCGAGCGAGGCGGGCCGCGCCAUGCACCUGAUGAAGAAGCGGGAGAAGCAGCGCGAGCAAAUGGAGCAGAUGAAGCAGCGCAUCGCCGAGGAGAACAUCGUGAAAUCCAACAUCGACAAGAAGUUCUCUGCGCACUACGAUGCUGUGGAGGCGGAGCUCAAGUCCAGCACCGUGGGACUUGUGACCCUGAAUGACAUGAAGGCCAAGCAGGAGGCCCUGGUGAAGGAACGGGAGAAGCAGCUGGCCAAGAAGGAGCAGUCGAAGGAGCUGCAGCUGCAGCUGGAGAAGCUGCGGGAGAAGGAGCGCAAGAAGGAGGCCAAGCGGAAGAUCUCUUGCCUGUCCUUCGCUGUGGACGCAGAGGAGGAGGAGGAGGGCGAGGAGCAGGACGAGGUGGCCAUGCUUGAGGAGGAGCUGGAAAGGGAAGAGGUCCUCACGAAGAAGAGGAAACUGGGGAAGAAUCCGGAUGUGGAUACCAGCUUUUUGCCUGACCGCGACCGCGAGGAGGAGGAGAAUCGGCUGCGGGAAGAGCUGCGGCAGGAGUGGGAGGCCAAGCAGGAGAAGAUCAAGAGCGAGGAGAUUGAAAUCACCUUCAGUUACUGGGAUGGCUCCGGGCACCGGCGGACGGUCAAGAUGAAAAAAGGCAACACCAUGCAGCAGUUCCUGCAGAAGGCGCUGGAGAUCCUGCGCAGAGACUUCAGCGAGCUCAGGUCGGCCGGGGUGGAGCAGCUCAUGUACAUCAAGGAGGACCUGAUCAUACCCCACCACCACAGCUUCUACGAUUUCAUCGUCACCAAGGCCCGAGGCAAGAGCGGGCCCCUCUUCAAUUUCGACGUUCACGAUGACGUGCGGCUGCUCAGUGACGCCACGGUGGAGAAGGACGAGUCGCACGCGGGCAAGGUGGUGCUAAGGAGCUGGUACGAGAAGAACAAGCACAUCUUCCCCGCCAGCCGCUGGGAACCCUAUGACCCCGAGAAGAAGUGGGACAAGUACACGAUCCGGUGAAUGCAGAGGUGGAGCGGGCUCACUUCCCCGGGUCCCCCCAGACUCCCCACUGCCCGGGUCUGCGGGACUCCAGGUGCAUGGUCUCCCCGAUCCUGUGACGUGACUGACCAUCCCCUGCCCUUGAUGCUGUCAUUUGCUGCUGUCUUUACUGCUUUUUCUUUUAUGAUAAAGAAAUGCACAUGUUA